AUGAGCUCGAACGGAGAAGCUUCAGCCAAAGGAGGCAGAGGCCGUAGGUCCUCCAAGUCUCGCUCCCGUUCACAAAAGGCAGGAUUGAAUUUUCCUGUAGGAAGAAUUGAAAGGCUUCUGCGGGAAGGCAACCCUGCCACUCGAUUCAGCGCGGGUGCGCCAGUCUACUUAGCAGCUGUUUUAGAAUACUUGGCUCUUGAGGUGUUGGAGCUUGCAGGCGACACUGCCACACAGGCCAACAAAACUAGAAUUACUCCAACACAAAUUCAAGCGGCUGUGCAAACUGAUAAUGAGCUAAGGGAACUGUUUAAGAAUGCUACGAUUCCCAGUGCUGGUUUGUCGGGCAAUAUUCGUGCCGAGCUUUUUCCAAAGAGUGGUGCAGGAAAUCAAGGAGAGGGUAGUACCUCAAUUUAG